UCAGUCAAGUCUUGUUUAACAAUCUCCUAACCAGCUGUUUUAUGACUAAUCUCCCUAUAUAAUCCUGUUUCCAGAUGCUCGGUGGACACACAAUUCUGGGCUAUAGCAGCAUCAACUGCUAGUUAAUUUCCACCACACUUGCAAACACAACGCAGAGAGAUUGGGAGAGCAAUGGCGGAGCUCGCCAUAGGGAUUUCGAUGACCGCGGUUCAGGCGCUUAUGAACAAGGUCGAGACCGCCAUCAAGGAGGAGGUGGAGCUGUGGCAGAUCGUGCAGCGUGAUACUGUGUUCAUGAAGGAUGAAUUCGAGAUGAUGCAGUCCUUCCUCGCGGCCGCCGAUUGGGGACGAAUCAAGAACAAUGUGGUGAGGACGUGGGUGAGGCAGGUCCGCGAUCUGUCUUAUGACGCUGAGGACUGCAUCGAGUCCAUCCUCCUCUUAGACACAAAAAGCUCGCCCUGCACCUGGUGGUUCCGCUUGCUGCCAUCAUGCAACUCGGGGGCACUAUCGCCGCUGGACCAAGCUGUCGCCGAGAUAAAGCUGCUCAAGGCCCGGGUUGAGGAGGUGAGCAGCAGAAACAUGCGCUACAGCCUCAUCAACAAUUCUGGCUCCAAGCCAGUAACGCCACAACAGUUGGCUUCCGUCUCUGGCGCCAUGGGUACAACAGCAGUCGACAUCCUCAAGGAGGCAUGGUCCAACGCGAAGGAGCUGGGAGGCUCAGUAGAUCUCACCAUGUUGGUCACCGAGAACAACGAUGCCCUUCGAGUGAUCUCACUGUGGGGACCAGGAGCCGAUCUUGGGAUGGUAUCCAUCAUCAAGGAGGCCUAUGAAAAGCCAGAAAUUUGCCGAAAGUUCCAAGGUCGUGCCUGGUUGAAGUUGAUACAUCCCUUCAAUCCCAAGGAUUUCAUCCGAAGCUUGGUGCAUCAGUUCUAUGGAAACUCUUCGAAAGAACGAGGCCUGUGGAAGCUUGUUGUAGAUGUCCUGACGGGGAUGGAGGCGGCCCAAGGCACCAAUCUCGUGGAGGACUUUGUGCAGCAACUCAACAAGCAUAGAUACCUUGUCGUUCUAGAAGACUUGUCCAGCAUGGCAGAGUGGCACGCCGUCCGGAUGUUCCUACCAGAUGGUAAGAAUGGGAGCCGUAUUGUGGUGUCAACACAGCAGCUCGAGAUCGCAAGAUUAUGCGCGCAACCCUACCAAGUACUGGAGCUCAGGAAGUUACCAGAUAAUCAAUCCAUCUGUGUCUUCUUCAAUAAGGAUUUUAAACGUGUCAAAGAGGGCAUGGUGGAUGGUGGCUCUUCCUUCUCGGGAACGGCCAACGGCGCUCGCCUUGUCGGGCGCAGUUCGGAUGAGGAUAAACUCUGGAACCUGAUUUCUGCAGCAGGCCACAGCAACAGAGCUCAUGUGAUCUCUGUACGUGGCUUUCCUGGUGUUGGGAAAUCAGAUCUAGUAAGAACCGUCUGGCAGCGCCAAGCGAGUAGUCAGAGUCAGACACCCCGUCUGUUUGAGUGGUACGGCUGGGUCGAUGUGUCCUAUCCAUUCAACCUUAGAGACUUCUGUGCGAGAAUACUCUCCUAUACGCUCAACCAGUCAGUAGGAGAGUACGCGGGUAGGGUCCCACAGUCAGAACCGGAUAAAAAGAUCAUCCAAGAGUGUGAGGAGUAUCUGCGGGAUAAUCGCUGCCUCGUUGUAGUUGACGGCCUACAAUCCAAGGAAGAGUGGGACUCGAUUAAGAAGUUGAUACAUGAAUCUUCUAAAAGCUGCAUCGUUGUCGUUACUGCAGAACAAAGUGUCGCCAAACAUUGUGCCGUGCAAGACGAUGCAGUGUACGGAGUCAAAGCUCUAGGAUCUAAGGCAGCCCUUCAGCUCUUCAGACAGAAACUUCAAGAGACCAGAACCUCUUGGGAUGCACACAUGCUGAAGGAAGCAAAAUAUAUAUUAGCCAAGUGUGGCGGGAUCCCCGAAGUAAUAGUGGCUUUAGCUAAAUACUUGGACACCCAACAAGAAGACAUACGGCAACGGAAGUUGAGCCGUCUGAAAGCCAACUUUAUGCAUGAGCUGGAGACCAACCCCGAGUUUGUUAGCUUGUGGAAUCUGUUGGCCUGGAUGCAUCUCAGUGUUGAUGCUUUACCGCAGUCCCUUAAGGCAUGCAUCCUGUAUCUCUCAGUUUUUCCUCAGGCCGGUAGCAUCCGGCGGAACCGUUUUGUGUGGCGGUGGAUUGCGGAGGGCUACUCCAAAUGCACGGACAGUAAAACCGCCGAGGAUUAUGCGGGGGAGCUCUUCAGGCUUGCCACACGGACAACUGCCAUCGCCGAGUGGCAAGUCAAUAGUUUCUUCCACGAGUACAUCAACUCACGGCUCAUGGAAGAGAGUGUGGUUUUCUUUCCACUGAUAGUCUCUGUAUUAUCAGAGGAAAAUUGCAGCUUAACCACAGAACGGCUAGGAAAACACCUAACCAUCAGGAGCAACUGGAAAAGAGACGAGGCUGUGUUCGACGACUUGGACUUCUCGCAGCUACAGUCUUUGACAGUGUUUGGAGAGUGGAGGACAUUCUUCAUCCCUUACAAGAUGAGGUCACUUCGGGUGCUGGAUCUAGAGGGUACAGAGGGUGUAACUGAUGAGGAGCUCCAUCGGAUCUUGGAGCGGUUGCCUCGCCUCAGGUUCCUCUCAUUAAGAGGACACAGGGAAAUAACUUGCUUGCCGGAUUCCUUGUAUGACCUAAGGCUGCUCCAGACUCUGGAUAUCAGAGACACCUCUGUUGGCAGGCUGCCAUCAAGCAUCGUCAAGCUUCAGAAGCUGCAAUACAUACGUGCCGGUACUGCUGUACCAUGGAUGGUAAAUGAAAAGGAGCUAUCAGAACCUCCAAGGUGCAGUCCACUUGCUUCUGUAUUCUGGUUGUCCAAGUUCUUCGUAGGUGAUGCUGAUCGUGUCGCCGUUGAGGUGCCUAGUAAGAUUGGGGAACUGACUGCCUUGCACACGCUGGGUGCUGUCAAAGUCAACACUGCAUCUGGGGCGGCCAUUCUGAUGGAACUCAAGAAGCUUAUUACCCGGUUGCGCAAGCUUGAAUUGUACGGUAUCAGCCGUAAAAACAGCCAAAAGUUGAUUUCUGUCUUCAACAGUGGCACCCAUUUGGAAUCCUUGACACUGUGCCUUGAGCAGGACAACCAUAUUGUUCCUUGGGAUGAUAUCCGUUGUAUGUGCAACCUGAGAAGCCUUAAGCUGUACGGAGGGCAUGUCAAACAGUUGCCACCAGAGAUCAUGUAUCUUCACGAUAUCAAGAAGUUGAGUUUUCAGAUGAUUUCAUUGACAGAACACGACAUUCAGGGCCUUGGGAGGCUAAAAAACUUGCAUACUCUACGCCUUCGCGCCAAGACAGUUCAAACUUACCAGCUCCAAUUUUCUGUCAAGCCGGACGACGCUGACAGUGACAGGUAUACACCCGACCAAUUCCUCCAACUCAAGGUCCUCGAGAUUGCUUGCAGCUCCAGGUUACAUAUAAAAUUUGGUGAAGGUGCGGUGGGGAAGCUUGAGCAGGUGAAGCUUUACUGCUGCAAUGGGUCGUCAUUGCAGCUUUCUGGAUUCGAGCACCCGAUUUCCCUCGAGAAAGUCUGGCUUGGAGGUUCCUGUGACGACUCACUCAAGGAAGCGUUGCAGCAGCAACUUUCAGAGCAUCCGAAAAAACCUACUUUGAGGCUGAACUAGGAAGCACAUUUGUCCUGGUGGGUACUUCCUGAGCUUUCGGACGAUGGUUGUGCCUGCCAUCGUCCGAGGCGUUUGCAGCACCACACACGGCUGGGGCCGUUCAUCAUUUCCCUUCGUUUUUUCCUCUCUACAACUUUUUCCUAUCUUUUCAACCGAAGUG